GGCACCAACCCUUGCAGGCCAGCAGGACUGCUGGUGGGUGUUCAUUUCACAUGCUUGUCUCUUUGACCUUUAUAUGCCCGGAGGUCUCAGUGCCACCAUGGCAGCCCCUCCUCACCAUGGGUGGUCCCAGCAUUCUGCUCUGGGUGGGCUGUGCCCAAUUCCUGCAGGGCCUGGCAGUGCCGGGCAGCAUGCUCAGGGCACGUGGGUGCCACACACAGACAGUGCCUUUGUCCAGAGUGUGGGCAGCUCAUGACAGUGUGGCAGAGGGCGGCACCAGGACUGAGACAGGGGCUCAGUGGCCAGAGCCAGUGCUGAGCCCUGCCCUGUGCACCCAGCUGGAGGCCACACUGGACCUGGCUGAGCGGCGCCGCAUCCGCUCGGCUAUUCGGGAGCUGCAGCGGCAGGAGUUGGAGAGGGACGAGGAGAUGUUGGCAUCCAAGCGCUUCCGCCCAGAACGCAGCAACCGCCGACAGGAUGACAAGGAGAAUUGGCCACAGUCCCAGCACCUGGAAGAGGAACAGCAGGCAUCCCUGGCUGCCUUGUCUGAGCGGCUUGAAGCCAUCACCAGCGUGGAGGAACUGACAAAACUGCUGCGGGCAGCGGGUGAGUAUGAGGAGCGCAAGCUGAUCCGAGCUGCCAUUCGCAAGCUGCGGGCUGAGGAGAUUGAAGCUGCAACCCUGGCUGGGAAUGUGCAGAGCAGCCGAAGGGAUGGCAGCAAGCCCCCCACUGUGCCUGGGGAAACGAAAAUAGUCCAGAGGGACAAUGCUGAAACACCAGCCCUUACUGGAAGUGAAGAGAGCUGUGGUGAGGGCAGAACCAAGUCUCCAGGCACAGACAAGAGCGGGGAGAGCAGCCAGCAGGAUGAUGCAGAGCCAGCACUGGCUGGGCCAGAGGAGAGUGGGUAUGGGGAGGCUGUGGAGCAGGAGCCCAAAGUCUCAGCGGCCUGCAAGCGAGAGGAUGUGGUGGAGCAGGAGCAUGUCCCAGCUGGGAUGCAGGAGCUGUGCAGCCAGCAGGCAGGAGACCCCCAGAAACCCAGUGCCCGGGCCGAGGUUUCGGGGACCCUUGUGCUCCUGGAGCUGCAGCCAGCCCCAGAGCCCAAUCCAGAGCCUGAGGAUGGCGGUGAGGACCUGCAGCAGGGGCAGCCCCAGGCAGCCUGGAAGGAAGGGAACCUAGGCAGCCCUGGCAGCGCCCCAGAACCCAGUGUGGUGCAAAGCCCCAGAGGGGAGCAACUCAUCCCAGGCCAGCCCAGUACUGGCAACCAGCUUCAUGUUGGGGCACACUGCCAGGUGCUGGGGCCAGGUGGAAGACACAAGAGGCCAUCAGUGGGUAAGUGUAGCCCUGAGGGGGAUGACAUGAGAGCCGUGGCCCCUGCCAGCUGGGCAGGGCUGUUCCAGGACCCCCCCACUCCCCUGUUCUGCAGCAUGUACAUCCCAGCCGUCCCUAAGGACAUGACUCCCGCCCACGUGUGCUGGGUCAGGAAUGUGAGUGCAGGACACGGCCAGGCCAAAGGCCACCCUUAGCUGGAGGCCGAUUGCUGCCUAGCCAAGUGGUGGCAAUGCCCACCCCAGCCAGGGAACUGGGUGCCAGGCAGGCUGUUUACUGGGGCUUCCACUCUGACCGGGUUACUGCAGGGCCAUGAAAGGGAAUCGGUGCCAGUAGCAAACCCUGGCCUUUUGCAUUCUUUGUCCCUAUAAGGCUAGGAGCUGUGCACGGCUGGCUCUGACCAUCCCCACCCCAGGCCCAGCACCUUGCAGGGCCUCCCCACAGCCCUGAGAGAUUCCAGUGGCCAGUAGUUGCUCUUUUCCUACUGUUGUGAAAACCAUCCCCACGGCUGUGCCAGGAGGAAAUGGGGGAAAACCAAAAAGCAGCUCUCUGCUUCAAGGAUGAAGGGUGCUGUCCUGGCAGGCAGAGGUUGCUGUCCCUCUAAGGAACCCCUGGAGGCUGCUGGCUCCUGGGAAAGAAGCAGCCCUAGGAAGAUGCUAGGGAUGGUGUGCUGCAGCAUGGCACAGCCCUGGAGUAGAGAGAAGUGUGCAGGAUCCAACCCUCCCUUGCCUCACAGGGGGCUCAAACCUGGGUUGUGAGGAGAAGCUGAGCCCCCCUCCCUCCAUGGGCAUCAAUGACUUCAGCCCCAGGGCAGAGCCCUGCCUGCACCCUUAAGGGCUGAGCCACCUGGCCCCCUCAACAUCUCUUCAGAGGCAAUGGUGUGCCAGGCCCUGGUGAGGACAGGUGUGGUCCCAACCUUUCAACACAGACCCCAGGGCUCCCCACUGCGCUACUGGGCACAGAGCCUACCCUCCUCUGCAGUGUGGUUUUGCAUUGCAGGACAGAGCCCAUGCCUAGGGUGCAGGGCAGCCUACAAGUGCUGGUGGAUUUUGGCACUAAACUCUGGGGAAUGCGGAGUAAUGGGGAGGGAGACUGCAGAGUGCUGUGCUGGAGUGAGGAGGUUGCCAGCAGUACCUGUGCCAUGCUCACCUUCUGUUCCUUUUGUGUCAUUCCUUCCCUGGCCUCUCUCUUCCCAAGCAUUAGUGCCCACCCAGGAGGUAAUGGGGACCCCGGCUCGCCUGAAUACUCACCAGUGGGAGCUGGUGCCCUCCUCGCUUUGCCUGGCUAGCC